CCACAGGCCUAAAUCCAGGCCCACAGCCAUCCUCCCCGAGCCUGACUGACUACUCUGUUCCUUGGUCCCUGCUAUUGUCAGGGACGAUUGCAUGGGCUACGCUAGGAAAGUAGGCUGGGUGACUGCGGGACUGGUGAUCGGGGCUGGCGCCUGCUAUUGCAUUUAUAGACUGACCAGGGGAAGAAAACAGAACAAGGAGAAAAUGGCGGCGGGUGGGCCUGGUGAUAUGGAUGAUACUGGUGACUGUUCUGGGGGCAGGUACAAUGACUGGUCUGAUGAUGAUGAUGACAACAAUGACAACAAGAGUAUUGUAUGGUACCCACCUUGGGCUCGGAUUGGCACUGAGGCCGGGACCAGAGCUAGGGCCAGGGCCAGGGCCAGGGCCACCAGGGCACAUCGGGCUGUCCAGAAACGGGCUUCUCCAAAUUCAGAUGAUACUAUUUUGUCCCCUCUAGAGCUGCAAAAAGUUCUUUGCUUGGUUGAGAUGUCUGAAAAGCCUUAUAUACUUGAAGCAGCUUUAAUUGCUCUGGGUAACAAUGCUGCUUAUGCAUUUAACAGAGAUAUUAUUCGGGAUCUGGGUGGUCUCCCAAUUGUUGCAAUGAUUCUCAAUACCCGGGAUCCCAUAGUUAAAGAAAAAGCUUUAAUUGUUCUGAAUAACUUGAGUGUGAAUGCGGAAAAUCAGCGCAGGCUUAAGAUAUACAUGAAUCAAGUGUGUGACGACACAGUCACGUCUCGCUUGAACUCAUCUGUGCAGCUGGCUGGACUAAGACUGCUUACAAAUAUGACUGUUACUAAUGAGCAUCAGCACAUGCUUGCUAAUUCCAUUUCAGACUUUUUUCGUUUAUUUUCAGCAGGAAACGAAGAAACCAAGCUUCAGGUUUUGAAACUCCUUUUGAAUUUGGCUGAAAAUCCAGCCAUGGCUAGAGAACUGCUCAGGGCCCAAAUACCAUCUUCACUGGGUUCUCUCUUUAAUAAGAAAGAGAACAAAGAGAUAAUUCUUAAACUUUUGAUCAUAUUUGAGAAUAUAAAUGACAAUUUUAAAUGGGAAGAAAAUGAACCCACUCAGAAUCAUUUCAGUGAAGGUUCACUUUUUUUCUUUUUAAAGGAAUUUCAAGUAUGUGCUGAUAAGGUUCUGGGAAUAGAAAGUCACCACGAUUUUUUGGUGAAAGUAAAAGUUGGGAAAUUCAUGGCUAAACUGGCUGAGCAUAUGUUCCCAAAGAGCCAGGAAUAACUGCUUGAUUUUGCAGUCUAAAAGCAAUAUAUAUUGUAAACUAUUCCUUUUCUCCACCUUGUUUAUAUGAUAAAGGAAUCCUUUCAGCUGCCAAUUUUGAAUAAUGAAUAUCAUAUUGUCUCAUCAAUGCUGAUCCUUUCCAAGUUGGUCUGCAGGUUUAAGCUGGAUGAAUGAAUGUUAUACUUAUUCUGAAAACAUGUUUGUUGCUUUUUAUCUUGCUGCCUAGAUUGAAAUAUUUUUAUUAUUUUCUCUGCGUAAGUGACAGUGAACCAAUCAUAAGUGAGCUCCUUUCUGUCAUUUGCAUUGACGUCAUUUGUGUUGCAUCAAUAAAAUUGUGUGUUAAUUCAAGAAAGAAA